AUGAAACGUCUCAUCUUCUUGUUGGCUCUUGCAUUUGCGGGGAGUGACCAAGUCAACAAAUAUAGUCCCAGCUUUUCUCAAAGCAAGUUGUUUAUUUACAAGUAUGAUGGCGUGAUUCUGACUGGGCUGCCGGAGAAAGGCUUGAACAAAGCUGGGUUUAGAAUCACCAGCAGAGUGAAGAUCAGGGGACUAGGAAUGAGACAGUACCUUCUAAAACUGGAAAGUCCUCAACUUCAAGAGCUUAAUGGGAUUUGGCCCAAAGACCCGUUUACCUCACUCCAUAAGCUGACGGAAAAGUGGAUUCCAUUCCUGACCAAACCUGUGAAGUUUGAGUAUGUAAGCGGCCGAGUGGGAACUAUCUUUACCUCUGAAAAUUUACCUGAAGAUAUCUUGAACAUCCACAGAGGAAUCCUGAAUAUUUUUCAAAUCACCGUCAAGAAAUCCCAAAACUUCUAUGAUUUACAAGAGGCUGGAAUUGAAGGAAUCUGCCAUGCAAGAUAUAUAAUUCAAGAGGACAAGAGAAAAGAUCGCUUAGUUAUAACAAAAGCCAAAGACUUCACCAACUGUCAGGAGAGGGUUUUGAAACAAACUGGCGCAGCCUACACCCAACUCUGCCCUUCCUGUCAGCAGAGAAGCAGGAAUAUACGUGCAUCUGCUGCUUUCACCAUCGUCCUGAAGCCUACAAUGCUUGGCGCAAUCAUUCAAGAAGCUAGGGUUCGAGAAGUGCAUCAGUUUACACCAUUCCAUGAACUUGAUGGAAUUAUUCGAUUGGAGGCACGACAAAGCCUUAUCUUGGAGUCAGUCACAACACCGCACAUGGAAACAACACCUGAACUGCUUAGUCAACGAAGCUUGCAAUAUCACAGUGAGAGAGAUGUACUCCAGCAACCAUUCUGGCUGCUUAAGAGCCAAACUUCUCUGAUCGCCCAGCUAACAGAUACCUUGAAUCACAUGGCUCAGCACAAUCUGCAGGAAGUUCAUAACGAUGCUCCAGAGAGACUGUUGCAGCUUGUCCAGCUUUUCCGUUCAGCUUCACACAAAGAAUUUUCGGACAUUUGGAUCUGGGUUAAGCAUCAAGCUGAACAAAGGCAUUGGUUCCUUGAGGCACUUCCUGCGGUCGGAACAAUAGAAGCUAUGAAAUGCCUCAAGAGCAUAAUUCUAGAAACUGAAGUACUCCAUUCCGAAAUGGUUCAGGUUUUAAUUCUUGCAAUGUACCAAGUUAAAACCAACCGAGAAGUUCUAAAGGUGACGAAAGAAGUCAUCGGCCUGGACCAAGUGAGACAUCACUGGCUUGCUCGCAAACUUGCACUUCUUGCAUAUGGCUCUAUGAUUUUCAGACACUGUGCAGAAAAGCCAGUCUGUCCUGAGGAUAUACUGAAGCCCAUCCACAACUUACUCAUCGACGCCAGCAAUCGGCCCAACGAUGAGGACGUUGUUCUCGGCCUCAAAGUGAUCGGCAAUGCGGGGCAGCCAGAGAGCAUCAAGAAUAUCAUUAAACUGCUGCCUGGAUUUGGCACGAUGGCUUCCAGAAUCUCGCUGAAUGUCCGGUUUACUGCUAUCAUGGCGCUGCGGAACAUUGCAAAGAAAGACCCACGAACAGUACAACGUAUCACUGCCCAGAUCUUCCUCAGUCGAAAGAAUCAUCCUGAAGAACGAAUGAUGGCUUGUGCGGUACUAUUCGCUACCAAACCACCUCUGACUUUAGCAGUUGCGGUAGCUAGCUCACUGACAACAGAGACCAGCUUUCAGGUGGCCAGUUUCACCUUUUCCUAUAUAAGAGCUCUCACUAGAAGUUCACUUCCAUCUUUCAGUCCGCUGGCUGCUGCCUGCAAUCUAGCAAUGAAUACCAUAAGUCCCAAACUUGAGCAACUUGGUCAUCGCUUCAGCAAAGUUUACCGUGGGGACAUAUUUGUGUACAAACUGAUGGCGGGAGGAUCUGCUAAAGCCUUUCUGUUUAAGACUUCCAGCAGUAUCAUUCCCACAGCCCUGCUGGCCAAAGUCAGAGGUCAUGCUCUGGGAAGCUCAUCAGAUCUUAUAGAGGUUGGCUUUCGGGCAGAAGGUCUCCAGGAGGUGCUGAUGAAUGGUCGUGCACCAGACCUUAGAAAAUUUGACAGUAGACCCAUUCGGCGCAUCAUAAACAAGUUGCUAAAUUGGAAAGAAUUGCCAGAAGAGAAACCUCUGGCUUCAGCAUACGUCAAACUUUUUGGACAAGAGAUAGCUUUCGCUCAAGUGACAAAGGAAGAUCUUGAUGUAAUUAAACAGAAAGUCCCUAUUCCAAUCAACAAAUACACGAACAAACUUAAAGAAGGAGUUAGUUUAAAUCCUUCCAAGGCAUUGGUCAUAGCUGAGAUACGACGUGUUGUACCUACAGUAAUUGGUCUGCCAAUGGAACUGAGCAUCACUUCAGCUGCCAUAGCACUGUCCAGUGUGAAAAUUGAUGUCCACUCUGAACCCCCCAUUGAUAAAAUCUCUCGCUUGCUCACUUCCAGAAUUCAACUGAAUGCCCACCUCAGCCCAAGUGUGUCCCUACAGACCAGAGUUUUCAUGGGAAUAAAUAUGCCUCAGAUUCAGUCAGGUGUGCUACUCCAAGCAAAGGUCCACUCAAUUAUCCCCAUGACCAUAACUGCAAAGAUAAACAUAAAAGAGAGAAAUAUCAGGAUCGACAGUUCACCAGCCGAUAGGGAGAACAGGAUUCUAUCCAUGACUUCUCAGGUUUAUGCUGUUUCAAGAAGUAUCGAUAACUUAUCUGCAGAAAAAGUAACCCCGAUUUUACCUUCGGCUCCAGGAAGUCCCAUUUCCAGCCAACACUUUAGAUCAUCAGCUAAGUCAUCUCAUGCAACAAGUGCUAGAAUUGCUGUACAUCUAUCUCCAGAAACACUGUCUGACCAAGUUCCUUGCUCGGAAGAUGAGCAAAGUCCACAUCUUCCCAGUCACUUAUCUUAUCGCACGUGUGCAGCAACAACUAAAUUUGGCCUCAAAGCUUGUGUGGAUUCCAGAAUGGAAAAUGCUCUUGUCUUCAAACAUAUUCCAUUGUACUGGCUGAUUGGAGAACAUACUUUGAACUUAUUGAUUGCACCAGUUAAUUCAGACUCAGAAAUUGAAAAGAUUGUGCUGGAAAUACAAGCAGGAUCCAGAGCAUCUUCAAAACUAAUGCGACUUACUGACAAGCAGUUAGGACCGGACAAAGCUCACAGCAGUAGUAAUCGACUGAGACUGAUGAAAACAGGUUCACAGCUUCAAACUCAAAAUAGCACUUGGUCUAGUUCAAGCUCCAGCAGCAGCAGAAGCAGCAGCGGCAGGAGCAAGGUGCAGUCAGGAAGAAGUCGCACCAUUCAAAAAUCGUCACUUUCAAUUAAUUCAUCAGAGUAUAAUCAGAAGAAAGGUUCUUUGGAAGACCUCCACAGUAAAACAAAAAUCAGUAAGAGGAGCUGGAGGAGCUGGAGCAGGAGCAGCAGCAGCAACAGCAGCAACAGCAGCAACAGCAGCAACAGCAGCAAAAGCAGAAACAGAAGCAGACGCAGAAGCAAAAGCAGAAGCAGCAGCAGCAGCAGCAGCAGCAGAAGACGUUCACUAUCUUACAAAAGCAAACUCGACAGUGGAAUUGUGCGCGGUAGCCAGUCACAAAGUGUCCAGUUCCUGGAACUUGCAUUCAAACCAUUUCAGGAAAGCCGGUACACAGUCAAAAGAAAGUCAGUACGAACCAGCUCUGGCUCUGGCUGGAGUCGCAUUAUCAGGAAACGUCAUAGCUCUAGAUCACGUCGCUCCAGCCAUGGUUCAUCCAUUCUUCGAUCAUCUGAGCAGCGCUAUUUGAUUAGCAGGGUGGGUCCACCUUCCCUCGUUGUCCUUCUUCGAUCAAGAAGGACCAAUGGCACACAACAAGGCUACCAGCUCACUGGAUAUGUGAAGAUGAAAUCUCACCUGCCUAGGGUACAUUUGCGUCUCGUGGAACUGGAUGAAACGAGCAACUGGAAAAUCUGUGCCGACGCAGCAAUACCCAGCUCUCACAAAGUAUUGACAUCAGCGAGAUGGGGUGAAAACUGUGAGAAAUACAAAGUUUCCGUUAAGGUAUCAAAUGGUCAGCUUGCAAGUCAUCCAGCAGUCAAGAUCAAAACGCAAUGGUGGAAGAUUCCUGAGAGUCUGAAAUAUAGGGCAAAAGUGGUUGGGGACUAUAUACCAGGAUUGGCCUAUGCAUUCGGGUUUUCUCAAACCUACAAACGCAAUCCUCCUCGCCAGAUUACAGCACUGGUGGCUCUGACAACUCCACACACAAUUGAUACAAUCUUCAGACUGCCCAAGAUGACAGCCUAUUAUCAGGGUUGGCAGAUCCCCACAACACUGCCCAUGUGCGCAAUAAGUGUACGAGUGCAACAGAAAGGACUCAGCAGCAUAAACGAAAUCCCAGACCUGCUCCUGUCAAUAAACCAACGUCAGUGCUCUGCAGAACGUGAAAUUGUUAAGACUUUUGAUGAGGUAGAAUUGAAAUAUUCGCUACCUAAUAGAUGCUGGUAUGUCCUGACCCAAGAUUGUUCAGAAUCUCCAAAGUUUAUAUUAAUGUUUAGACGUGCUGAAAUUGAUCAGAAGAAGAAGGAAAUAAAAUUGGUGCUGGCAGUGAAUAAUACGAGUAUUGAAGCAAUUCCUAUACUAAGUGGGAUAAAGCUGUUGGUUAAUGGUGCAGAGAGAAAUCUGAGCGAGCAGAUUCCACAGCUACGAGGCGUUGUAACAAUUCAGCAGAAAGAUGCCGGGAUUAGCUUAGAAGCACCAUCUCUCAAUAUUGAUCGAUUGUACUUUGAUGGAGUAAAAGUGGAGGUUGUACUUGAUCAGAUGAUGAGUAAGACGUGUGGUAUCUGUGGAAUUAAUAAUGGCGAAAAAAAAAGGAUGAUGCCAAAUCAAGAGGAAGCCAAAGAUGUUGAGGGUCUUUUUGAAUCAUGGACAUAUCCAGGACAAUCCUGCACAGAUGACUGCAAAGUUACACAAGAAUUUGUGCAAUUAGAAAAAGUCAUUGAAUUUGAAGGACUGGAAUCCAAAUGUUAUUCAGUUGAACCAGUUCAAAAGUGCCUGGAAAAUUGUUCACCGAUUGAAAUACGCUCUCAGAUUGUCAGUUUCCACUGUGUAUCAUCCAAUUUCACUGUGCCCGACAAUACAAUGUUCUAUAAGAAGUCUGCGGACAUACUUCAUGCCGUGGAUUCCCAUAGUGAUUGCACGUGCAUGUGUGCUGAAGUGUAA